AUGUAUGAAAAUAGAAGCUACGAUGGUGUAUCGUCACGUGGAAAUGUUAUUGAUUUAGCCGUAGGGUUCAUUAUUGGACAAGCGUUCACCAAUGUUGUUCAGUCGCUAGUCACCGAUAUUAUAACACCACCAUUUGGUUUGCUAUUUGAUAAUGUAGAUUUUUCAAAUCUAACGGUUAAAAUGCGACUAUAUCAUAACAACAAGCCACCAGUUCUUUUGAAAUAUGGUCAUUUUAUUCAACAAGUCUUGUAUUUUAUCAUCGUCGGUUUUGCUUUAUUUUUGAUUAUUACAAUUGUUAGCAAAAUAGUGAAAAGAAUGAAAAAGAUUAGAGAAAAACGUCAUCAAAAUAAGAAUGAGAUGGUUGUAAUUGACGAAGACGUGGAUAAAAAUGCUAAAGAAGAAUUAGUUGAAAAUGAACAACUUAUAGUAUUAAAAGAAAUAAGAGAUUUAUUGCUCUUACUUAAAAAACCAUCCAUGCCGAAUGUUCACUCAUUGGAAUGA